AUGCCACUUAAUAUACAGGGAGGUAAAAAAAAACCCUUGAAGGCAGCCAAAAAGGGGCCAGUCGAAUUAACAGAGGAAGAUAUAGCUUUUAAAAAAGAAAUGGCGGAAAAGAAAAAGGCUGAAGAAGAAGCUAAACAAAAAUUAUUAAAGGCAAAGAAAAAGUAG